CGGGUCGAAUUAAAGAUGGCGCCCUCUCAUGCACUACGAUGCUGUCAACGGGGCUUAUCCUGGAUACCUGUGAUUUUCAUCAACCUGAUCGUGUGCUGGUCCUACUACGCCUACGUGGUGGAGCUCUGUAUAUAUACAAUCCCUAACACUGAGGAGCAAGUUAUUUAUCUGAUAGUGUUUCACAGCUGCUUCUUCAUGUUCAUAUGGUCCUAUUGGAAGACCAUAAUUUCCAAGCCAGCCAACCCCUCGAAAGAGUUCUGUCUCUCUAACUCAGAGAAAGAGCUGUAUGAGAAAGAGGAGAGACCAGAAGCCAAGCAGGACAUCCUGAAGAAAGUGGCUAGGGAAUUGCCCAUAUAUACACGCACAGGAUCUGGGGCUAUCCGUUAUUGUGACCGUUGUCAGCUACUCAAACCAGACAGAUGUCAUCACUGCUCCACCUGCGACAUGUGUGUCCUGAAAAUGGAUCACCACUGUCCCUGGGUUAAUAACUGUGUUGGAUUCUCCAACUACAAGUUCUUUGUGCUGUUCCUGGCAUACACAAUGCUGUACUGUGUCUUCAUUGCCGCUACCGUUUUGCAGUACUUUAUCAAGUUCUGGACCCUUUGCAGACGGAGGGCUCUAGUGCAUUGCCCGGAGAAUCAGCUGCCGGACACUCAAACAAAGUUCCAUGUGUUAUUCCUCUUCUUUGUUGCGGCCAUGUUCUUCAUUAGCAUACUGUCACUUUUCAGCUACCACUUAUGGCUGGUGGGAAAAAACAGAACCACUAUUGAGGCUUUCAGGGCACCGGUGUUUAGAAAUGGCCCAGAUAAAAAUGGUUUCACCAUUGGCUUUCACAAGAAUAUCACCCAGGUUUUCGGAGACCAGAAGAAAUACUGGUGCUUACCUGUUUACACCUGUUUGGGAGAUGGGUACACAUUCCCUACCCGCCUAGUCAACAUUGACUCAGAGCAAGGCAAUGUUGAACACCAGACAAUUAAAUGCACAGUUGAUGGACAGACAAAUGGCAGACCUCUGAGUGAGUCACAGAAUCAUCUCCUAGGCAACGAUGUGUACUCUGAGGAACAAAAAGGUGGAAGCCAUGCAAAUAGCGAAGGAUGUCAAAAUGUUUCCGUUACCAUGGAGAAUGAUUCAUAGUCAGGACUUUGGAAUGGCACAAAUAAGUAUUUGGCUUUCCUCUCUUAAGGAUACUCUUGUCCUCAGACCUCACAUGAAAGACAUCAUAGCCCUCUGAUAUAAUGCCUUAAGGUUUGGAAACGAUCUGCAGCAUGCUGCUGUGGUGCAUGUAUUUAAACUGCAUUCAUAUCAGUAUAGACACUUUGCACCAAACAGCAAUUGGUAAUUCAAUGUUUUCCUUUUGCUCUGUACAUACUGUUUAUGUUUUUUGUUUGACCAAAUACCCUAAGCUGAUCAUCAAGUGUUUUGUUGUUCUAUUCUGUUCCGUAAUAUUUUUUUUUAUUUAUACUGUUUAUCUCUGGGACUGCUUUGCAUAGGCCAAAAAAAUUGGUAGGUUAUUUUACUACAGUUGUUUUAUACCCAAGAUGCACUUUUGUCACCAAGGAUUUUUGAAGAAGGUUUUUGGGACAUAAAUUAAUACUCAAGUGAAAUGCAGUAUUUGAUAAGAAUGUAUUAAUCCACAGAUUUACAUUUGCUACACAUCAGCCUUAACCUAAACGUAUGUACUUGGUUGACUCUGAAAUAGGAAUUUCAGUCUAAGGAUUUUGCCAGAUAAAUUUGGAAAAAGUGACAUGAUGAGGAAUUUAAUAUUUCCGAAAAUAGUCAUCAUUUAUUAAAAAAUUGUCAUUAUUUACUCAUCUUCAUGUCGCUUCCACUUUCUUCCGUGGAACACAAAGGUGUUUGGCAGAAUGUUAGGGAAUGAUGGCAUCAGUCACCAUUGACUUUCAUAUUAUGGAAAAUAAGAUGCAGUGAAAUUCAACUGGGUCUGACGACCUCAGUCAUUAAAUCUUUGGGUGAACUACAAUAUGCCUUUAACUGAAAAGUUAUUUUAUGAUUUUUAAAAAAAAUAAUAAUUUCAAUGAUGUUCUACAGCAUUUAUGUCUCGGUAUUUGUUGUUAUGGCCGGUUUAACAUUCAUCAACACUAAAGUCUUUUUUUAAUUUUUUUGUCAGACCUCUUUUUUUUUUUUUUUUUUGACCUCCGUGCUCUUUCACAUUUUGUACUAUCAGCUUUGUGCCUUCAGUUGAGGGUUACAUUGUAUGCCAGAUUGUGAAAUGUGUGACAUUUUAAAGCACACUUAAAUCAUUCAAGAUUGUAUUGCACUGCAAACACAACACUUAAAUUAAUCGUUUUUAAAUUGUUUCACGUGGAGUUUUGACAUAAAUGUAAUGUUUGAAGCUAGUUAAAACCGUUUUCUUGCAAGUGUAUCCUUUGCGCUAAUUAAUUUAUAUAUUUUUUUUCUUUAAAGGUAUAGUUCACCCAAAAAGAAAGUUAUGUCCUCAUGUACUCGCUAUUCCACACCUGUUUGACUUACUUUUGACAAACACAAAAGGAGAUGUUAAGCAGAAUGUUAGGGGCUGACAGCUUCUGUCACCAUUCUCUUUCAUUGACUGAACUUUCGUUUUUGGUUGAGCUGUCCCCUUAAGACGUUAUCGUGGAUGUGAGAUUUGUUUACAGUUGUAUUUUGCUUUCUUGUUUAUUUCUGAAUGAUUGUGACUUCCGAUUUGUAAAAGGAAGUCUUACAUGAUCAUGAGAUUAGCAGACUGAAAAAUGUGCUUAUCUCUGCUUUAUAAAUAUGAAGGGUGUUAACAGUACUUCUAAACUUGAUCAGUCACAAAAACUCAUCAUUUCAGGUUUAAUGAGUUGGAUAUCUCUUUUUUUUUUUUAAAUCUUAUUAUGCACAACCCUGUUGCAUAGCAUUGAAUCCUAUUUAAGUUAUCACAUGUCAGUGUGAGAAAUGUUGAAAAACAAUGGUCUAGAUAAUGAAGUGGUUUACCACAUUAUGACCUCACGUCAGCAUUUAUGUGGACAUGGAGCUGAUGUAAUCAUGGCAACAUCAUUAUUCCGAAAUCUGCAGUUUGCUUAAAAAUAAUUACUGAUGGGCUACAUCUGCUGGAAGUCAUAUGAGUUUUGUAUCAUAUAAAUAUGGACAAAAACAGUGAUUAUGCCCAAAAAACAUUUUAAUAUCUAGGAACUCACUUAUUAAUCAUGAACUUGUAAUAUUACUGGAAUUAAAUACCAAAUGUAUCAAGGACCAUUUUCUCUUCAGAUUUUUGUUAUAUUUUUUAUUUACAAAAAAUGGCUUGUACAGAAUUUUCAGCUUUUGUUUUUUGUACCUAACCUGUAGGCCAGUUUGUUUCAUUAUAUUUUUAGAUGUUUUUGUUUUGAAGAACAGUUUGCACAGAUUUUUAAUGUCUAAUUAAACUUAAUGUUUGUACU